GCCCCCUUUUGAUCAGAACCUGGUUCUGUCACCUCGUUUCGUACCCUCAGUCCUAACACAUAUCCGGAUGUUCAACGUUGUGUUUGUUAGACACCGUUAACGGUGAAAGUGUCCAGCCAAAAAAGCAGCCGCCUAAGCGUCCCUAAUUACAAGGGAAACUCGUUGGAAUAGAGGGUUGUGAUACCUUGUGACUGAAACCGAAAAUUCUUUUUCUCCCCUCUUUCCUCGAUUGACUGAAGACUGAAAACAAUAAAAGUUUACUCAAGCUUGUGCUUGUUCCACCAACACCUGGUUGGAAGUCCCCUCUCUGUGGCACACGUGGCCAUUCUGGAUCCCUCGACCAAAAAUCGUCGGCACGUGAUGAUGCAUGAUGGUUGUUGGUCUAAUAUAGAGUAGAGAGGGAGGGCACCACCAAAUGGUCCAAAAUUUACCACCGGCGUUGUUCCUCACAGAGCUCGCAAACUUAAAAUCGGAACCAAGUGCCAAAUGUUUGUUCCACGAUAUCGCAAAACCGCUUUCCAAGACCAAUUCGUGUCUUUGUGACUUUCCAUGAACACUAUCAGAAUACAUUUGAGGCCGAGGAGAGCGGUUUCAUUUUAAAAUCCUGGGCCCUAACAGUUUGCUAAGGAAGUGGGGAAGUAAGUUGUAAAAGCAGUGGGGGAAAACAAGCCACCAAAUAUUGGUUUGGCCUUCAUGAACCACAUAUCAGUUUCACAAUCUCGCUCAGUCGAAGAACAUUGGUGUAAGAAGACGCUCGAUUCCCGGUAUUAGUGACCGGAGUGAUGACAAUAUUUUGUGAACGAUGAGAGUUCCCGCCGUUCUUGGUCUCAAGCAAGAAGUGAGACGGUUCACUAGACACUCGCCAAAGUCCCGCAAUCAUUCUCGAGAAAAUUUAUCCUUGGAUAGACACACCCCGGGAAGUGCCAAUUCCGCCACGAAAUCCAUCUCCGGAUCAAUCCGUUCAGUCGAUGACGAGAUUGAUGGGGACAACAUCAAUGUUGUGGUUCGGGUGCGACCCUUGAAUGGGCGUGAAGUCAAGAGCGAUGACACUAACAUCACGCAAUUUCCCGGGGAUGGCGGGAUUUGGGUCGAGGAAAAAACCGGGGACAAGCUUCGGCCCUUUACGUUCAAUGUGGUCUUUGAGCCUGAAGCCAGUCAGGCUGAUGUGCUUGAGCAUUCUGGAAUCAAGCGUCUCAUCGAAAUGGCCGUGGACGGGUUCUCCACUACUUGCUUUUGCUAUGGUCAAACUGGCAGUGGCAAGACCCAUACGCUAACCGGUCCUCCUCACUUGGAGAAAGUAUUAAUCGAUCCGAUUCAUAAGCAAAGUUGGGGAAAGUUCCAAUCAAAACGCACGGAUCCACUUCACGUGGAUCAUGGAUUGGUGUUCAGGUCAUUCAUUUACCUGUAUGAACAACUCAAACAGAAAUCCAAUGAUUCGUCGUAUGUCAUCAAGGCUUCGUAUUUGGAGAUCUAUAAUGAAAAGGUGAUUGAUUUGCUAAAUACGGGAGCAAAAAAGUCGAAUCUGAACGUUCGAUGGGACAAGAAAAGUCGGGCCUUUGUGGUGGACAAUCUCUUCAGCAUAGAAUGUGAAGAACUGGAUGACCUCGUGGCCGUUCUGGAGGAGGGGCUGAAGAACCGAGCCAUCGGAAAACACAACAUGAACGAACACAGUUCCAGAUCUCAUACCAUUCUCACGGUCCAUAUUCACUCUGAAGAAAAGGCCACCAGUGAGGACAAUAAAGGCGUGUACAUCACUCGGCAUGGCAAGAUCAACUUUGUAGACUUGGCUGGCUCCGAGAUGACAAAGAAGACCAAGAGUGAGGGCAAGACCUUGGAAGAGGCUAAUAACAUCAACAAGAGCCUCAUGGUCUUGGGCUACUGCAUUGCCCAACUGAGCUCUCAGAAACGAAACGAUCGUGGGGUCCAUAUCCCGUAUCGUGACAGCAAACUCACCAAGCUAUUAGCCGAUAGUUUGGCCGGAAACGGGGUCACACUCAUGAUCGCUUGUGUCUCCCCGGCGAAAUCCAAUUGUUCUGAAACCAUGAACACCUUGAGAUACGCUGCCAGGGCUAAGAAGAUCAAAACCAAGCCUGUGGUUGUGAUGGAUCCCAGAGAAGCUCUCAUUGUCAGUUUAAAGCGAGAGGUGAACAUCCUUACUCAAGAAAACAAUCAUUUGCGGCAACUACUAGAGUUGGCAGACUCCGAUUCUGGAAUGAUAAUGCCAUCGGAAAACUCUGCCGCUCUUAUGGCUCAAAUGGGGCUGGACAAAAAUGGUUCCAAAGAGCCACUGGAUGGCCGGGAUUCCAUUGUCUCCAACGGCUCGAUGUGCUCUCGCCAACGACACCGAAGCAGCUCCCUCCAUCUUCCACCAGAGGCUCUUAGCGACUUUGACCAGGAUGAGGUCUUGAUCCUGGACUCUGAGAACGGCUCGUUUGCUAGCCGACCAGUGAGCCAAAGAUCCCACGACACCCUUCGACAAGUGUCCUCCCUUCUAUUUAUAGCCACUCCUGCCACCGUCAAACGCAUCGACAAAGGUCGUUUGAACGAGCUCAACUCGUCCACUCUGGUGGAUCUCAUUAAGGACUACAUGAGCGAGAACCACGAUUUGAGGAAGGAGAACCAAGACCUAUUCUCCGUCCGAGACAUGCUGCUCAGAGAUCAAGAGCUUGUGUGUCGAGAAAACGAGAGACUCCUCAAAAAGUUGGAGGAUGUCACGUCGGUAUGUUGCCGGUCCCCAAUUGUGCCCGUUCGUCCCACCUAUUCAGCCGAGCUCCUCACAGCUUCCUACAACGGCAGUUUGCCCCGAUCAUCCGGUCACUCUGGAUCCGCCCCGGAUUUAGCACAUCUGGAUUCACGCUCCGAUUCUCGAUCCUCGCCUGUAACGAACGUUUGGACAAAUCCUUUAAAUGAUUCUCAGCACUUGAAUGGCACUCAGUCUGCAUUGGACGAUCAUCAUCACCACCACCAUCAUCACCAGAAUGGGCAUCAUCAUCACUAUCAUCACAGGCAAAAGAGUUUGACUCCUAGUCAAAGUCUAUCCAGUUUAGGAUCAAAUUCCAACACCACGCCCACUAAUGUUCCCACAAGAUUACCCCCUAACAUAAACAAGGAACUAGAAAAGCGUAAAAUUGGGAACAGUCUGACGAAUAUUGCCGAUUCAAUGCGAGAUAAGGGAUUUAGAAGGGACAAAUUAGGACGCAAAGGAUCUGGUGAAUCUGAAGUAAGUCCAGAUGAAUUGUUUAUCGCAACAAGCCGCAAAAAACCGGGGAGGCUCAACGAUAAACUAGCCGACAAAAAAGUGACCAGCCAAUCGUUGAAUAAUUUGGCAGACACUCAUGAGCCUCGUCGAGGCACCAACCGCAAAGAACGGACAAAGAAAUUCCGCGAAAAGUCCCGAUCUAAGGAAAGGAGUCGAAUGAACGAUGCCAGUAAAUUCUAACUCUCCCAACUUCACUCACCGUGCUGGUACUUACAACCUGUAAAAUGGAAUCCAAUCCAUGCUUUUCUCGCGCACUCUUACGAUAUUAAAUCAGAUAUAUAGCAUAAA